UGUUGGGGUUUGUUUCUGUCGAGAAGUCUCAGUAUCAAUAUCAGUUUUAGGGGUAUGUUUUUUUUCCCCACUUCUGAAGCCUGACUUUUGCCUAUAUGAAUAGCUACUGGCGUGAAAUGUGUGUGUGUCUGUGUGUGUGUGGUGGGGGCGUUCUCGACUGACAUCCUCAAACAAUACGAGAAAGAGGAGUGCACGAAUCCGCGCACCCUAGGCUGGGCUCCUUCCCUGUAAUAGUGAGCGUCAGCCAUUCUUAAAAAACACAUUUUGUGGCUUAGUGGACUGGACUGGAAGGGCGAGAGGAGGAUAAACUGAGCGGACAAAGAUGUAAAUAAAAACAGUCGUCCCCCAGCUGAGCGAGGCGUUCUUCAUCAGAGUUUUUGGAUCAAUCAGGCAGACAGUGGCUCCUUUUGAUUAAACCCCAAAUUGUCAUUGGGCAGAGGUAAUCAUGUGACAAGCAAUUCGGUCCAAUUUCAACCUUGUCUCCAUGAAUUCAAUAGUUUAAUAGUAGCUCGGUCCCCAUACGGCCGUAAUCAGUGAUAUAGCAAAAACACCACCUGGAGAUUUUUUUUAAAUGAUUUUUUCUUUCUCGUCCUCACUGAGCCGCAACAUUUAUAAAAAUACGCGUGCAAACUUUCCUCGGCUCUCAGGGAGCGGAGAUGAAUUACGAAUUCGAGCGAGAGAGCGGUUUUAUCAAUAGUCAGCCGUCGCUUGCUGAGUGCCUGACAUCUUUCCCCCCUGUCGCUGAUUCAUUUCAAAGUUCAUCAAUCAAGAGCUCGACGCUUUCACGCCCGACACUGAUUCCUCCUCCCUUUGAGCAGACCAUUCCCAGCCUGAAUCCGGGCAGCCAUCCGCGGCACGGCCGGCCCAGACACAGCCCCGACGGAUGCAGCUCGUUGCCCACCGCCUCUUUACCCCCGGAGUACCCCUGGAUGCGGGAGAAGAAAGCCUCCAAGAGGAAUCACUUGCCGACUUCCACCGCUACCACCAUCUCCAAUGGACCUGUGUGCUUUUCUCCAAAAGGCUCGCCUGAGAUCGUGGAGAGCGGUGAGGGAGGAGGGGGCUCCCGUCGGUUGAGGACAGCGUACACCAACACACAGCUGCUGGAGCUGGAGAAGGAGUUCCACUUCAACAAGUAUCUUUGCCGGCCAAGGAGAGUGGAAAUAGCGGCCUUGUUGGACCUGACCGAGAGGCAGGUCAAAGUCUGGUUCCAAAACCGGCGCAUGAAGCACAAGCGUCAGACCCAGAGCAAAGAGAACCACAACGGGGAGGGGAAAGGGCCGUGUGCCGAGGACGACAUCCACAGCGACGAGGAGGACGAGGGGCCCCUGUACGAGCGGAGCGGGGCCCUGCUGGAGAGAGAUACCUGCUCCUUUCAGAAUAACUCUCUUAGCUCCACACAGCAGCUCCACAAUGGCGAGUCCAUGAGCUUUGCUGCUGCGCCGCUGAACAGCAAUGACAAAAAUCUGAAACAUUUUCCCAACCCGGCACCCACUGUUCCGGGCUGCAUGUCAACAAUGGGCCCAGGCUCGGCAUCUGGCCCGGACAAUAGCGACAGUCCCCCGGCCCUGGAUGUUUCUAUACACGAUUUUCCUCCUUUCUCCUCGGAUUCCUGCCUACAGCUCUCCGAUGCAGCCUCGCCGAGCUUGUCAGAGUCUCUGGACAGCCCCGUGGACAUUUCUACGGACAGUUUCUAUUUUUUCUCGGAGUCCCUAACUACAAUCGACUUGCAGCAUUUGAACUAUUAACUGAAAUCAAUCACAAUAGCUUUCUCUCUCUCUCUCGGGACAAUAAAUAUCAGGCUGCGAUGGUAUUAACUCCGAUGUUAUUUGUAUAUUCGGCACAUUUAUUCUGUUGAUAUUUGACUUGACGAUUAAUACAAGGUAAGGAUGAAAUGAAAUCACUGAAAUCGCUCUACUCAAACGUGACUUGUAAUUACCAUAACAAAUUGAUCUCUUGGAAUGGAAAUUAUGAGUGUAUGUGAAUAAUUAUACAAUA